GUUUCUGAUUGUGCAGCACUUUAGGUUGUCGUAGUUCAAUUACCUUUAGUCCCCCUUAGUUACAGAGAAGUGGUUGGAAGGGGUAGGAAGAAGUAGUGCUGUGCUUAGCAAUCACUGCUUAGCCGCUUGGGUUGUGUUGCGGCUUAGUAACCAGCCAGUGCCAUUACCAGAACCGGAAACUACCAAGGCCACCCACUUAGUUUCACUUGAGUCCAGUAGACUCCCAGUUGUCCAUUCUGCAGUUGCUGCAACAGACCCCGGCCCUGCUCGGUUUCUGCCUUUCGUUCUGUGCGUCGCCGUCAUCUUACCAUGUCUGCGGGAGGUGAUUUCGGGAAUCCUCUGAGGAAAUUCAAGCUGGUCUUUUUGGGCGAACAGAGCGGCAACAAUUGGAAUAGAUUUUUUAUCAAAAACCAUGUACUUGGAAGACCGAACGAUUAGGUUACAGCUCUGGGACACUGCUGGUCAAGAGCGUUUCCGUAGCCUCAUUCCCAGUUACAUCCGUGACUCUGCUGCAGCAGUUGUAGUUUACGAUAUCACAAAUGUAAAUUCAUUCCAGCAAACAACAAAAUGGAUUGAUGACGUCAGAACGGAAAGGGGAAGUGAUGUUAUCAUUAUGCUUGUGGGAAAUAAGACGGAUCUUGCUGAUAAAAGGCAAGUGUCGAUCGAAGAGGGUGAAAGGAAGGCCAAAGAGUUGAACGUUAUGUUUAUUGAGACAAGUGCAAAAGCAGGAUACAAUGUGAAACAGCUUUUUAGACGUGUUGCAGCUGCUUUACCUGGGAUGGAAAGUACACAGGAGAAAAACAGAGAAGACAUGAUAGAUAUAAAUUUGGAUAAACCUAAAGAACAACCAGUAAAUGAAGGAGGUUGCUCCUGUUAAUAUCACAACAGUGUUUAUAUUUUAUUUUUUUUUCUUCAGGGAAAAAGUCACUGCUUUCUCUUAUUCCAUUGACUGCAGUGUGAAUAUUGGCUCAAUGCUUUCCCCUUCUACAAAAAAGAAAAAAAAAAUUGCAGUUCAUCAUGCUGGCUGUCUCGUGGAGAUGAUUUGUUCGCUUCACAAGCCCAAAUAACAGAAUGUCAGUGUCUUCGUUAAUUAAGAGGGAUGAAAUGCCAACAUUUUUCCGAUGUAUAUUGAUUUAAAUAUAAGAAAAGGAACUUUAUUUUUUCUGUGUCUUCUGUAAAAUUUGCAGUUCAAAAAUUUUGAAACUCUUUAAUUUAUUUCACAUCAAAGAGCAGUGCAUGCAGAAAUUAUUCUGUAAACCUAAUUGGCCCUGUCCUGCUGGGAUUUGGUAAGUGUACAUAGUUGACUGAAAUUUAUAAUCAAAUGCAUAUAAUCCAAUAUAUGUUAUUUGGGGUGGGGCAUGCAUUGAUAAGUUGGGUGCUAUUUCUCUCUACAUACCGAACUGUGGUGAAUUGCCAAGUAUUUUUCACUGCAGUAUGUAUUAAGACCACCUAAUAUUUUUUCUGUUGGCUGAGUGAGCCUAAACUCAUUUUGAGUUGGUCUGCUUGAUAUUCAUCAUGGUUUAAAGUAUCAGCUGUAAUAAUUAAAUUUAAAACCACAAACUUAAAAUAUGCAGAACAACAAGAUCGGACGUAUUCUGUUGUCUUGUUUUGCAGUUUUCAGGAAGUGAGAGGGUACAGUUCAUUUGAAUGAAAAUAUGCAGAACAACAAGAUCGGACGUAUUCUGGUGGUGUCUUGUUUUGCAGUUUUCAGGAAGUGAGAGGGUACAGUUCAUUUGAAUGUGGAGUGCCCCCAUAAAGCUGUCAGCAACUAAACAUGAAAAUUAUCUGGAUCCUGUUUCUACAGCAAAGACUUUGGAGCAGAAUUUCUAAACCAGUCACCUUAGCAUUGUUGGAUUCCAUUACCUCUGCCAAGCUCUGGCAGGAGGCUGCCUAGUUGCAACUCAGAAGGAUAACAUUAUAGAACUGAUAUGUUAUGACAAAAGUGAUUUGUGCAAUGGUCAUAAAGCUAUUUUUCCAGUAGAUGUACAUUGUACAAGUGUUUUUUUAACCUAUGCACAAAUGGAAGGGAAAGCAAAAUGCAGACUUUUGUAAAGUUAUGGUAAAGUUAUGCAGAAUUUAUGCCUUUAUUUUUAGUAAUUUUUAUUAUGUUAGGUCUUCCUUGUUAAAGUUUUGUUUGGUGUGCAUAGCUUGGUUCAUACAGCUAAAUGUUUUAACCUACACGUAAUUGUAUGUUGUCCUUCCCUGCCGUAAUAUUUAUUUCUGUGUUGGUGCAUUUUAACUCUUGUAUAUUUACCUAAAGCAUUGUUUUAAAUGUCCAAAAACUAAUUAUUGAGCACUGAACACUAUAAUAUAAUUACAUAAUAUAAUUCAUAGAAGGCCAGUGUUUGCUCAAAAUAGACCUGCAAAGUAGCAUGUGUGAUGUCUUGGUUUGCAAGAAUAUAUUGAUUUCAUUUUGCAGGCAUGAUGUUUUGCUUUUCUUUUUGAGAAUGGUGAAAUGCCUGCUUGAGAAACUUAAGGAAUAGUUUUCUUUCCAUACAUGUUCCUUGCAAGUCUUUUAUAUUUUGGCCACUGUGUUGGAAUUUCAGUUAAUUCUUGCUGAUCUUAAUUGCCUUACUUUUAUGUUCUGCAUGUUUUAGUUUUCAGUCAUCUUAAAUUUUAUGUUGCAUUAAAGUGUGUGGGAAGA